UGUUGAGCACGUGGGGGUGUGCUGCAAUUGACAGCAUAGCUACGUAGUACAGUGUGUGGGAACUCGGGAGACGGUUUUCCGUGCGUGUUGUGUUGAGUACCAGCAAUGGCCCUGUUGAAAUCUAGCAAGAUCAUCUCUACGGUCGGGGUACACCCUCCGUUGGGUGCGCUCUCCAUUCGUGCCAGCUCAUGGUGGUCCGAGGUGCAGAUGGGUCCCCCUGACCCCAUCCUGGGGGUGUCAGAGGCCUACAAGCGUGACACCAACCCUAAGAAGAUGAAUCUGGGUGUAGGAGCAUACCGUGAUGACCAGGGAAAACCAUAUGUCCUCAGCUGUGUUCGCAAGGCUGAAGCUCAGAUUGCUGCAAAGAAGCUGGACAAAGAAUACCUGGCUAUUGGUGGUCUGGGGGACUUUACCAAGGCAUGCGCCAAGCUGGCUUUGGGAGACAACAAUGAGGUUAUCAAGAGUGGCAGGAACAUCACUGUCCAAACAAUUUCUGGAACUGGGUCCUUGAGAAUCGGAGCCAACUUCCUGUCCCGUUUCCAUACAGAGGCCCGGGAUGUGUACCUGCCCAAGCCCUCCUGGGGGAACCAUACACCCAUCUUCAGAGACGCUGGGAUGCAACUGAAGGCCUACACCUACUAUGACCCAAAGACCUGUGGCUUUGACUUCCAGGGAGCCCUGAAUGACAUCUCUAAAAUACCUGAGAAAAGUAUCAUCAUGCUUCAUGCCUGUGCCCACAACCCCACAGGAGUGGACCCUCAGCCAGAGCAGUGGAAGGAGAUUGCUAACCUGGUGAAGAAAAGGAACCUCCUAGUGUUCUUUGACAUGGCCUACCAGGGCUUUGCUAGUGGUGAUAUUGACCGUGAUGCAUGGGCUGUCCGUUAUUUCAUUGAGCAAGGCCACAACAUUGUGCUCUCUCAGUCCUUUGCUAAGAACAUGGGUCUCUAUGGUGAGCGUGUUGGGGGCUUCACUGUCGUGUGUAAGGAUGCUGAGGAGGCCAAGCGUGUGGAGUCCCAGCUGAAGAUCCUCAUUCGGCCCAUCUACUCCAACCCUCCCAUGAACGGGGCGCGCAUCGCUGCCACCAUCCUCAAUACACCAGACCUGUACAAAGAGUGGCUGGGGGAGGUGCAUGGCAUGGCUAACCGCAUCAUCACAAUGAGGGAGCUGUUAGUGGCCAACCUGAAGAAGGAGGGCUCCACUCAGAACUGGCAGCACGUCAUUGAUCAGAUUGGCAUGUUCUGCUUCACAGGGCUGAAGCCUGAACAGGUGGCGCGCCUCACAAAGGAGUUCUCCGUCUACAUGACAAAGGAUGGGCGUAUCUCCAUGGCUGGCGUCACCUCUGGCAAUGUGGGUUACCUUGCACAAGGUAUCCAUGCAGUGACCAAGUGAGACAGCUAACCAGGAGUCACACCGUAGUCACCACCAGAGGAAGGAGGGGCGGUAGCGUCAGACAGGAAAAACAAAACAACUUAUGUAAAUUAACCCUCUCCUCUGCUUUCCUUUAGGGAAAGAAUCAAACAUAAUAAGAUACCAUAGGGUUAUUUUAUUUUUAAUUUUCUGUUGGCAUUGUCUAGAUAUUGUCUAGAUAUUGUAUGUUGGACUAUCUGUGACUAGGUUUUUAAUGUGUGGUUCCCUGAAAAAAUAUCCAUGGAAUUCUUGAAUCUUUUUUUUUUACCCUCCCUCAGACAUGCAUGCUGUGGUCAUGAGCUCAAAAUAUCUUGUGUAAGUCAUACUUGACAAUGAAAACUAACAAGCACAAUAUCACUGUUUGGAAUCAUGUCUUAUAUUGCAGCAUGUCCUCUCACUUGGCCUGAGCACACCCUGUCUCUAAGAACUGUGCUCAACUAUUGGCUGUGAUAUGGAACACCAAAAGUAAUAAUGGUUAAGACAUUUUUCUAGAAAAUUCUUUACUAAAAAUACUGGUUUAAGGUAAUUGUAUUGAAAUGUGCGUCUAAUUUAUUAAGGAUUAAUUUACAAAACCUUUUUCAAAAAAAUGUCAGGUGCUGCAAAUUUUUGUUUCAACUUUAAUGCCAGUGGAACCUUUCUAGGUGAUGGUACUGGGGUCAUGGCACUUGUUUUAUGUGGGAUGAUAUGUGCUGCAUGGAGUCUCUGGUUGUGAUGAUCCGCCAGCCACAAUGUGUGUUAAGGAUGUUAUUUUGCUGUUGUAACGGAAGAGCACUGUCUAACAAUCAACAACUGCCACAUCUCCCAUGGAUACUGUACCAUUUAAUUAAACUGAUUAUUUAUAUACA